GGGACGGCGAUGACGAGGAUGGUGAUGAUGGCAUGAAUGCAGAUGAUUCCGUUGCGAUGGAAGAAUCCACUGCUGUGGCGUUGGUCGACGGUGGCGCCGCACCUGUUAUUUCUUUUGAGAGAUUCGAGAAAGUUGUCGUUUUCAAUGAUGACAGUGAAAUUGAAGCUGCUACUAACACGAGUUACCUACAGCCAGCGGCGAAGAAUUACCAGUCGGUCGAUGCGAUCAUCAAGCCGGAUAUUUUGUUGCAGGUGACAGGUGCACACAAACACCCCUGCAAGCAAAAAGGUCUCCACGAUGUGUUGAAGCUUCUGGGGAAUCCUGAACAGCCGCGGCUGUUCUUCGUGCUUCCGCCUGACAGAUUCACCGAUUUCAAAUAUCAAAGGUAUUUGGACUCAAAACGCAAGAGGAUGAUGGCGCCAAGCUAUGAGAACGUGUGCAAGAUACAGCAGUUUGCGAUGGAAGUCAAACUUGAAUCGGAGUAGGUGUGCAGUUCCGAGGUUCCAAAACCGCGUUCCGAACCGGUUCCAAAAUGAUGCCGUACUUCUUUGGUCCAGAAAAGAAUUAACAAUGAGAUAAAAAAGCCUCGCAUGUUU